AUGCAACAGCCAACUUGUUCCAACAUUCGCAUUCGUUCCACACAGGAUGCCCACAAAAUAUUCUUCGCCGUCCAGCAGAAGCUCAUGCAUAUGGUCACACGGCGUCUAGAUGCUGAUGAGCGGCAAGCUCUCAAGUCGGGCUGUAUCUACGCCUGGGAAGAGAGAGGCCCCCACAGUGAGAUCACUGGCUUGGGCAUAGAGCGCUUCACUGAAGGUAGAAGGUGGUCGCCGUCGCGCGUUCGUGAUGAGUUUCUGUUUUAUUACGAGAAAUAUUCGCCCACACCAGAGGCAGGGUCAGCUUCAGAGCGGCAGCCACCCCGCGAUUGGGACCCGCUCGUUAAACAGACGUACUCCGUCUGGGUCGAUACAGAGAAAGGACGUAGGAAAUGGCAUUUGACGGCGUACUUUACCCAAGCAACGAUAGACCAGCUUGGCACGAUCGACGACAUUCGAGACGUUCGUGAUCUCGUCGUUCCAGACGCUCUCUUCAAAAGCACACGAGUCGCCAAGAAUCGCGGGAAGCUCGACGACCAGGGGCGUGCUGAUCCAUCCAAGUCCGCUUCAACUGUGACCCGAACAUACGCCCCGUUUCCCUCAUACCCCGUCCAAUAUCCAAGCAAUCCUGACGGCUCAUCUUCGCACGAACCCGUUCUCAUGUACGAGCCAUACAAAAAUGCCUCAGGACAUCGGGACCAUCGUUCCCAGUCGCCUCCCCAGUUUUCUCCUCCUACGACGACGAUCCCCCACCCCCGCGAACAACAGUACUACCGAGGACCCGAACCAUACCAUCAACAAUCUAUGCGCUAUGGACAUACCCCACACGAUAUCUCACCUAGAAGUUUGGAAUCUAGUCCAGAAAUCACUCGACACCAUGGAUAUCGCGGUGCCCAGCCAUCUUCGGCUCCGGGAUCCUAUGCAACGGCUGAAUGGGCCCACCCUCGACGCCAGCCCCCACAAGAACACACGAACUAUCCACGGCAAGAGCCGGCAUCUUAUCCAUCAUAUCACCCAACGACCAAUUCAUUACAAUCAAGGACGGGCUCUCCCCACUAUGUGUACACCUCGGACGAUUCCAGUGCCUACAAUUCACCUCAAUCCCACUCUCCCUACCCGUCUCAGCAGCCGGAACCUCUCCCACAACUCAGUGUUGAGACCGUGGCGGAGCCGCGUCACUCUCCUCUCCCUCCUCUUAACAUUCCAUCCCAGUUAUACCCAGGCACGACAGAUUUAACACCAGCCACAAGCUCCCCGACUCUGAUAGCGGAGACCUGCCGCUCAACUGUGGGCCCUUCUCGUGCUCUUGCUCCUUUGACUGCACUCGCUAGAUCGCAUCCCUACCGAAGAGAGGCUCUAGACGACAGGGCACUUCGCCUCCUUGCACCUCGUUCUCCUCACUUUCCGAUUGUUUAUAAACCAUUUUGGCAGACGCAUAUUGGGAGAUCCUGA